GUUUUGUUCUUUUAAUUAAUACUAUUCUUGAAAAAAACUUGAAAAUUGAAGAGGAUGUUUGGAAGAGGAGGAAAAAAAAAGAGUGAUAAUACAAGGUUUUAUGAAAUCUUGGGUGUUUCCAAGAAUGCUUCAGAAGAUGAAAUCAAGAAAGCUUAUAGAAAAGCUGCUAUGAAGAAUCACCCUGAUAAGGGUGGUGACCCUGAAAAGUUUAAGGAGCUAGCUCAAGCUUAUGAGGUCUUGAGUGACUCACAGAAGCGUGAGAUUUAUGAUCAGUAUGGAGAAGAAGCACUGAAAGAAGGAAUGGGUGGUGGUGGUGGCACACAUGAUCCAUUUGACCUCUUUAAUUCCUUCUUUAGUGGAAGUCCUUUUGGAGGUGGUGGUGGUCGUAGAGGACAAAGAGAGAGGAGGGGUGACGAUGUAGUGCAUCCAUUGAAGGUGUCGCUAGAGGACCUAUACACUGGGAUAAGCAAGAAACUCUCGCUUUCACGCAAUGUUAUUUGCUCCAAGUGUAGUGGCAAGGGGUCAAAGUCUGGUGAUUCAAUGAAGUGUUCUGGUUGUGAAGGUACUGGUAUGAAGGUUUCAAUCAGACAACUUGGCCCUGGAAUGAUCCAGCAAAUGCAGCAUCCUUGUAAUAAAUGCAAGGGUACCGGAGAGACAAUUGAUGAUAAGGAUCGUUGUCCUCAAUGCAAAGGUGAAAAAGUGGUACAGGAGAAGAAAGUCAUUGAAGUCCAUGUUGAAAAAGGAAUGCAGAAUGGACAGAAAAUUACAUUCCCUGGCGAGGCUGAUGAAGCGCCUGAUACAAUUACUGGAGAUGUAGUUUUCGUUCUCCAGCAGAAAGAACACCCGAAGUUCAAGAGGAAGGGUGAAGAUCUGUUUGUUGAUCACACAUUGACCUUAACUGAGGCACUGUGUGGCUUCCAGUUCAUAUUGACACACUUGGAUGGCAGACAGCUCCUCAUAAAAUCAAAUCCUGGAGAAGUUGUCAAACCUGAUCAAUUCAAGGCGAUCAAUGAUGAAGGAAUGCCAAUUUACCAGAGGCCAUUCAUGAAGGGUAAACUGUACAUUCAUUUCACUGUGGAAUUCCCGGAUUCGUUGAGCCUGCCACAGGUGCAGCUUCUGGAGGCAAUCUUACCACCAAGACCUACAUCACAGUACUCAGACAUGGAACUGGAUGAAUGUGAGGAGACCACAUUGCAUGAUGUGAAUAUGGAGGAGGAAAUGAGAAGGAAACAAGCUGCACAACAAGAAGCAUAUGAUGAGGAUGAAGAGAUGUCUGGUAGUGGAGGACAGAGAGUACAGUGUGCUCAACAGUAGAUGUAGAAAGAUUUACCAGUUUGAACUUUGCUUAUAGUUUAGUUUGGUUUACUGUAUUCUGUUGUUUUGG